AUGUCCACCGGCUGCGACAAGGAGUUGAUGGCGGUCUGGAAACUCUGGCCGCAGAUCUUGCAGUGCAAGUCGCCAAUGGAGUUUUUCUUGUCCAAGGUGCAGAUGACAGACUUCUCGUGGUUGCAAAAGAGACAGCGGAACGUCACGUCAAGCUUCUGCUUGAUUUUUUUCACGGGCUUCGCCGAACUUUUUCUUUUUCCCAUUGGAGAUGUCCAGUGUCUGGUUUGUCCGACCAAGAGCGUCCAGUUGUACAUUGAGCGCGCCGGGGUCGUGCGCUGCUCACUUCUACUGGAGCAUCAGCUGGGCCUUUUUCUUGAGGCGCAUUUCCAACCUUGUUUUCUCAAACGCCAUCUUGGCGGCACGCGAUUCCUCUGCCGUAGGCGGCAUUGGCAGCGGCAGCGGCAGUGGCGUGUCCAACGACACUUUGGGCGAGUACGUGACGGAAACGCCGCCCAGCGCCCGUUUGCUGAGGCGCAGCCCAACCUCGUAGAGUUUCAAGUCGUUUUCGCGGCUCUGGUAGAGCAAGUAGGCAUCGUCAAAGAGCGAGUCGACAAAGUCGCGGUGGCUUGCUGUUUUGGCGCCGAUCGGGUAGCGCAAGAGAAGCGUCAAGGCCUCGGAGAAGUCGCAGAGCAUGAGCUCGCGCUUGAUGUGGAGCAAGAGCACAAUCACCAAGAAAAUCGUGAGCUGGGGCACGCACGGCUUGGGCAGAAGCAGGUCUGCGGCCACGAGCCUGUCCCAGAGCUUGGAAAUCAGCUCGACGUCGCCAAGCUCGCGCGCAAGAAGCAAGCGCAAGUAGCGAAUGAUCCAGAGCUGCGACUCGAGCCGGAGCUUGGUCACCAAGUUGUAGUGGACAAGCUGGUCCACCUUCAUGAGGAGCGCGUUGAACUGCUCCACCAGGAGCAUGAGCUGCGCCUCGCUGGCGUAGAAGUCGCCCACCACGCCGCUGGCCACCACAAACCGGUUGAAAAGCGCAAAAACAUCGUGCGCAAGAUACUGGACGUCGUACAAGGCAAGCACAGCCCUGUCGUCGCUGGAGUAGUCGGCAGGCACCUCCACAGACUCGCGCGCCAUGUUCCAGUAGAUGAGGCCCAAGAUCUCGUGCAUGCCCUGCUUGUACCCGACCUGCGGGUUGCACUUGGCCCACACGUAGAGAAUGGUGGCGAUGUGGCGCCGGCGGUGCGUUUCAACGAAAAACUCCUCGCCGGGGAAAAGCCGCUGCACGUCGAGCACAAUCGACCGGAGAAGCUCGCCGUCUAG